CGGGAGCUCGUCCGGCGGCACCCCUCGCUCGCCUUCGCAGUGCUGGAGAAGGAGCAGGAGCUAGCUCAUCACCAGAGUGGACAUAACAGUGGUGUGAUUCACAGUGGAAUUUACUACAAACCCGGAUCUCUGAAAGCUAAGCUGUGUGUGCAGGGUGCAGCCCUCUGCUACGAGUACUGUGACCAGAAGCGAAUACCAUAUAAACAGUGUGGAAAGCUAAUUGUAGCUGUUGAACAAGAUGAAAUUCCAAGACUCAAAGCUCUGUAUGAAAGAGGGCUGCAGAACAACGUCCGAGGUCUGAAACUGAUUGGAGCAAAAGAGAUACAAGCAAAAGAGCCCUUCUGCAGGGGUCUGAUGGCCCUUGAUUCUCCAUAUACUGGCAUUGUGAAUUAUAAACAAGUGGCCCAGUCCUACGCUGAAGACUUCCAGGAAGCAGGUGGGACGAUCUUGACUGAUUUUGAAGUUACAAACAUGGAGAUGGCUAAAGAAAGUUCUUCAGAAAGUGAAGAUGGGUUGAAAUACCCAGUCAUUGUUAGGAACUCAAAGGGUCAACAAAUCUACUGUCGGCACAUUGUGACCUGUGCAGGGCUUUACUCAGACCGCCUCUCUGAGAUCAGUGGCUGCAGUCCUGAACCUCGUAUUGUACCCUUCCGUGGAGAUUAUUUGGUGCUAAAACCAGAAAAGUGCUAUAUGGUUAAAGGAAAUAUUUAUCCGGUUCCCAAUCCUCAUUUCCCUUUUCUGGGAUUUCAUUUCACACCAAGAAUGGAUGGCAGUGUCUGGCUUGGUCCUAAUGCAGUACUGGCCUUUAAGCGAGAGGGCUACAAAUUGUUUGACUUCAGCACUGGAGACUUCUUAGAUGCUGUAAUGUACAGUGGGUUAUGGAAGCUUGUGCUGAGAAACUUGUCUUACGGCCUGAGUGAAAUGUACAGAGCUUGUUUCCUUAGCGCACAGGUGAAGCAACUUCAGAAGUUCAUCCCUGAGGUCACCAUCAAUGAUGUACUCCGGGGUCCAUCCGGAGUGAGAGCUCAGGCAUUGGACAGUGACGGAAAUUUGGUAGAUGACUUUGUAUUCGAUGGAGGCAGUGGAGAUAUUGGAAGCAGAAUUCUUCAUGUCAGAAAUGCCCCUUCUCCUGCCGCUACCUCCUCCCUUGCCAUCGCAAAAAUGAUUGCAGAUGAAGCAAAGCAAAGAUUUGAAUUGUGA